GAGGCCAUGGUUCGAGCUGAGUUGAAGCCGUCUGUGCCUGUGAAUCAGAGGUUGGUGAAGGGUGCUGCUCGGCCAGCAUCAGUCGGACGGACGAUGCCUCGUGCUGCUGAGCAUGAAAGUGGCCCGCCUGGCCUCCUUUCCUUGCUUCAGCGGACGUGUGAUUUUGUCCUCGAACCCGGGCCUGUACCAAUGUCGGAGCCGCCCACUCAGACGUCCGGUCGGUGCCAAUUGGUUGUUCCCAAUCUCCUGACCGACGCCUGCCAGUCCUGCCGUGCCGGCUUCGCGUCGGUCCAGAAGGUUUCCGAGCCCCUGAGCCAGAAUUCACGGACGACAGAGUCGAGUCGCCACUGCGAUUACGGACUCUUCUACGCUCUGCUGUUGGCGCCCGCGCUCGACGCCAUCUACGAGGCCUGCCUGUUGCGUCUGCAGACGGAACCGGAUGAUCCUGUUCUUGGCUUUGCUUUCCCAAAAGGAUAA